AGAAGAAGAAGAAGAAGAAGACGAAGAAGAAGAAGAAGAAGAAGAAGAAGAAGAAGAAGGUGAUAGUGCCAGAGAUAGUUGGAACAUGGCGAGUGGGUUGGGGUUGGAGGAGACCGAGCUGCGGCUGGGGUUACCCGGUGGCGGCGGUGGAGGAGGAGACGCCGAGGCCGUGAAGAAUUCCGGCAAAAGAGGGUUCGCAGAGACCGUCGACCUAAAGCUUCAGCUUCAGACUCCGGUGGACGUGAAGGAAGCGGUGGCGGAGGCCGCGUCGGAGAAAGUGAAACGGUCGGUGAGCCAGAAAAGCCUCGUUUCCUGUGGCAGUGACCCCGAGAAGCCAUCUGCUCCCAAGGCGCAGGUUGUGGGCUGGCCACCGGUUAGAUCAUUCAGGAAGAACAUUCUUUCUGUCAACUCCGAGAAAGGAAGCAAAGAGGAGGGCGAGAAGUCCAGCAUCUCGGCCGCCUUCGUGAAGGUUAGCAUGGAUGGCGCCCCGUACCUGCGCAAGGUGGACCUGAAGAUGUACAGAAGCUACCAAGAGCUCUUCAUGGCCUUGCAGAAGAUGUUCAUCUCCUUCACUGGCGGAAACUAUGGCUCUCAGGGAUUGAGUGGGAGGGACUUCAUGAACGAGAGCAAGGUGAUGGAUCUUCUGAAUGGAUCCGAGUAUGUGCCGACCUACGAAGACAAAGAUGGUGACUGGAUGCUUGUUGGGGAUGUUCCAUGGGAGAUGUUUGUGGACUCAUGCAAGCGUCUGAGGAUAAUGAAGGGAUCAGAAGCCAUCGGACUCGCACCAAAAGCCAUGGAGAAAUGCAAGAACAGAAGCUGAAGAUAAUACCCCCACAACAGACAUCUCUCUGGUCAUCUACAUGUGUAUUGUGCUUCCAUAUAUGUAUGUAUGUUAGCUAUAUACUUUUGUUUGUAUAAUUUCUCGCUGGUGUAUGGACAGAAAGCAAUGUUACUUUAAGAUUUCCGUCUAAUAGUGUGUUUGAUUCACUCUACAAUAUACUACUAUUGUAUGCAA